AUGAGCUCGGAGAUCCGAGGAGAGGAGCCCUUCCUGCGCACAGGGGUGCACAGACCCGCGCUGCUGUCACCACGGCCCCUCAGGAGGUGCCCGGGCACCAGCUCUCACGCCUGGCGGCGUCCAUGCCCCGCUGCCCACGGUCUAGGGCAACGCCUGGGAGGCGGUGUGCGGAGUGCCAGCAACGGCCAUGCCGUCCUGUCCGUCCCUAGCCCUGAGGGUGGCGGGCGCCCUGGCCGGUGGGCUUGUGGGGGCGGCCGGCUUGCUGGAAAACCUGGCCGUGCUCUGGCUGCUGGGCACCUGUGCUCCGGGAGCUCCUGGCUCGGGCAGACAGAGGGCCUGGCCCUCACUGUCCCCUUCUGGGCAGCUGCGUCCACGCGGGACUUCCACUGGCUCUUUGGAGGUGCCCUCCGCGAGGUGGUGCUGAGGGCCAGCAUCUUCCACGUCGACGCCGGCAUCUUCCUCACUCCCGCCAAGUGUUGCCGGAUACCGGUGGUGGCCGUGGCCGUGGGACCAGACAGCCACCUCUCUUCCAGGCCUGCGUGGCCACCCCGGAAGUGUGGGCGGGUGGGGGCUGUCUUUAGGGCCCAGGGCGAGGUGUGGGGCAUGCAUCUGUGUCUGCUGCACUUUCCCCGGCAGGUGCCAACUACAGAGAACGGCACUGGCCUUCACGGCGCCUUGGGCGCCAUCACGCCACCUGCUGCUGGCCUUCGUGGCCCGCUCUGUCUGUACCCGGAGGCCUCCUCCUCCUUCCGCGGCUCCCCCAACCAGGUGGUCACUGGCUGGAGCGUCCUGGUGACCUUUGACCGGAUGCCCUGGGAUAGCAUCUUUCUCCACCACCCAUAG